CAUGUGUGACUUUCUUAGCUUCACUUCCGCCAGUCUUCCCGUGACAGCGCUGAUGCAGAUGUAUUUACCGGACAUUGCAACGCUCAGUGGAGUAAGUCACCAUGGGUGCAUCAAGUUCACAGCCAGUCAUCAGGGGUGCAUUAAGUUCACAGCCAGUCAUCAGGGGUGCAUCAAGUUCACAGCAAGUCAUCAGGGGUGCAUCAUGGUUACGGCAGGUGUUGUUUUUAAUGGACCUGGAACCUCUUCCUGAUGAUCUGCUCCGAGUGAUUCUCAGCUUCUUGCCACCCAGGGACUUGAUAAUGCGCUGUCGGCUGGUGAGCCGCAGAUGGAAGGGUCUGGUGGACUCUCCCACCUUAUGGAGGAUUAAGUGUGAACGAGAGAGGAAGGCCGAGAUUCUGCAAGCUGCUCAUGUGUAUCCGAGAAUCAACUGGCAAAGAUUUUGCUUGAAGGAGCCACUCUCCCGAAAUCUUAUACGUAAUCCCUGCGGGGAAGAUGGACUAACGCACUGGGAUUUUGUGAACGGUGGAGACGGUUGGGUAGUAGAGGACAACCAUGGCAUAUUACAGGGUGCUGGAAGCCAGACCUGCUUUGUCACAUCUUUUUUUUGGUGCCAGAAAACCCAGAUUAUAGACCUGCUGAAGGAAGGUCUAGAUGAAGGAUUCCUGGAUCUACACCAGCCGGAGAUCUGUAUCUCUGAUUGGUACGCAGGGCGGCAGGACUGUGGCUGUAUAUAUGAAAUCCAAGUGCAGCUUCUGGCCAGAGACAGAGUGACUGUUAUAACAGAAUUCACCCAAAGGCCGGAACCUAUUCCUCAGUGGAACGACUCAACCUACAAACAGGUCUGCCAUGUAUUCCGUACUUAUGGACGUGGUGUCCAUUUUGUGCGCUUUACCCAUAGAGGAAAAGACACCCAGUUCUGGAAGGGCAACUACGGCGCACGUAUCACAAACUCCUCUGUAACAAUUAAGUGUAACAGGACACAUGCUUUCCGAUCAGAGUCGCAAACAAUGAUUCGGAGUAGUUUUGAUCGCCGGCACCGAUUACAUUUCCAUUCAAGUGAUUAAAUUGUUCACUAACAAUGGUUUUCCACCACAGGUAAAAUCUGACUUGUUCUUUAUAGAGGAUAUUUCAUGGACAAUCAAUGGACUCAUUCUUAAGAGUGA